AGAUUAUGUCAUCCAUGACAUUUUACUGACAUCUGUUUUCCAAUAAAUCUAACUGAAAACAUUCAUCAUAAUAAAGAUUAGAAACAGCUUUUGACACACCUCACUCCUCACACGUGUAAAGCAGAACCUUUGCUCCCUAACUAUCAGAGAAAACCUGGUAUUUCUCAAUACCCAUGCAGAUCAGAGGGAGGGAACACCAGCUGCUGUGAGAGGAGGAGCUACAGUGGAAAGAGGAGAGCUUACACGACACACUCAGGGAACGAACGUUAAAUUAGUUAGAGAGACUAGUCUCUGUUUCUGUCUAAAGAAAAUACAAACUGAGUUCAUCAGAUCUUUCUCAACAACACAGCAGAAUCUCUGUCAAACACUGAUAUGGCUGCUGCAAGCUAUCUGCCUUCUGAAGAUCAGUUUUUCUGCACCAUCUGUCUGGAUUUGUUCACUGAUCCAGUCACUAUACCAUGUGGACACAACUUCUGUAAAGACUGCAUUGAAGAACACUGGGAUACAAGUUACUGGUGCCAGUGUCCCAUGUGUAAUAAAGAAUUCUACACAAGACCUGAGCUGCACGUUAACACUUUCAUCUCUGAGAUGGUAUCUCAGUUCAGACAGUCGGCUCAACAGAAAGCCAGCAGCAGCAGCAGCAGCAGCUCAGAGCAACAAGUCUUCAAACCAGCAGAAGUUCCCUGUGACGUCUGCACUGGAACCAAACUGAAGGCCCUGAAGUCCUGCCUGGUGUGUCUGACCUCCUACUGUGAGACUCACCUGGAGCCUCAUCUGACAGCUUCAAGCCUGAAAAGACAUCAGCUGAUCGACCCUGUGGAGAACCUGGAAGACAGGAUGUGUCCGAAGCACGAUAAACCUCUGGAGCUGUUCUGUAAGACCGACCAGACAUGUGUCUGCAUGCUCUGCCAUGUUUCAGAACACAAGAUGCAUGAUGUGGUUCCUCUCAAAGAAGGAUAUGAAAGAAAGAAGGCAGAGUUGGGGAAGACAGAGGCAGAAACUCAGCAGAUGAUCUGGAAGAGACAACUGAAGAUUGAGGAGAUCAAACACUCAGUGGACCUCAGUAAGGAAGAAGCAGACAGAGAGGUAGCAGAAGGUGUUCAGGUCUUCACUGCUCUGAAGAAGUCUGUUGAGAGAGGCCAGGCCAAUCUCAUCAACACGAUCAAAGCGAAGAAGAAAACAACUGAAAAAAAGGCUGAAGCUUUAAUCAAAGAGUUAGAACAGGAAAUCUCUGAGCUGAAGAAGAGAAGCUCUGAGGUAGAGCAGGUCACACACUCUGAAGACCACCUGCAUUUUCUACAAAGUGUCAAGUCCCUAAACAUUCAACACCAACAACCCUCCAAGGACUUGAGAAAAUUCCGUUUGACCCCAGCGGUAUAUGAGGGGACGGUGGUAAAGGCUGUGGCUAAGGUGGAGGAGACGUUCAGUAAAGAGAUGAAGAAGCUGCUUGAAGCUAAGCUGAAGAGGAUCCAGAAGUAUGCAGUGGAUGUGACUCUUGACCCUGAUACAGCCUAUCCCAGUCUCAUCCUGUCUGAUGAUGGAAAACAAGUGAGGUAUGGUGAUGUUCAAAAGAAACUCCCAGACAACCCAGAGAGAUUUUCUGAUUGUAAUUGUGUUUUAGGAAAGCAGAGUUUCUCUUCAGGCAGAUUUUACUUUGAGGUUCAAGUUAAAAGAAAGACUGGAUGGGAUUUAGGAGUGGCCAGAGAGUCGAUCAACAGGAAGGGAGAGAUCAUAUCGACCCCUAAAGAUGGUUACUGGACUAUAUGUUUGAGAAAUGGAAAUGAGUACAAAGCUCAAGGUGCUCCGUCAGUCCGUCUCUCUCUGAAGUCUCGGCCUCAGAAGGUGGGGGUGUUUGUGGAUUAUGAGGAGGGUCUGGUCUCCUUUUAUGACGUAGAUGCUGCAGCUCUGAUCUACUCCUUUACUGGCUGCUCCUUCACUGAGAAACUCUUCCCAUACUUCUAUCCAGGUCAUAAAUAUGGCCGUAAAAACUCUGCACCUCUGAUCAUCUCUCCUGUCAGAGUCACCUAAUCACUCAUCUUAUUUCAUGUGUUGAUUUGUUUUCAUUCAAGGAAACAAACAUCGAUAUUUAGAGUAUUUUCUACAAAAUAAGUUUAAUGUGGUGACUGAUUUACAUAUGGUUUAGAUUCUGUAUACAACACAUAAGUGGAUGCAUUAAUCUACUCAACAAUCAAAUAAUGAUCUCUUCAACACUUUAUCCUAACACAUGUGGAGAAUAUCUAUGAACGUUGGAAAAAGCUAUAGAUUUAUUUUAACUUUAAAAAAAAAAGGUUGUUUCUAAAGACACCAAAUUUGUCAAGCUAGUUAGAAUUGAUAAUAACAUUAAAUGUUUUAUAAUUAAUUGUGUCAUGAAGCUUCAUUUAAGAGAAAGGCUUAUUACGUGCCUCUACAGUGUACUACAUUUAAUAUGUGUAAUAGUUAAACUGCUAGAAAACUAAAAUGAAGCUAAAUAAUAUGAUAAAUCCUCAUUUGUGUUCAAAUGGUUUGGUUAAUAACUGUUAACUUGUAUAUCUACAUGCCAGGUUUUAUAUUGAUUACUGGUAAAAAGGCUUAUGAAUCAAAGACAUCUGUAAAUAUGUGAUUGUGAGUUAAGAAAACAGUAAAAUAAACUAGAUGUUUGGUCUGAGAAAGCAGGGACUCGAGCUCUAAACACUGAACAGGAAGGCCUGGUUUACACAUCAUUUGUAUUUCAUGACACAUUUCCUGAGGCUAAUUCACAUUAAAAAAAUAUAUAAAUUGAUGGCUUUUUGUGUGAAGAGCUUGUAGGAUGAAAUGUUUGUUUCCACUAGCAGUGAUUGGAUAUUGGCUGUAGAGCAGAAAACAGUGGGGCUGAUAUCAGAGAGGUAGCAUUCACUUUUACGAGUGAAGGCAGUCACUAUAACACUAAAACUACUCUUUACAAUGAAGUAACUAACUACAGAGUUUAGUAUUAUACAAGUAUUUAUGCCAACAACUCAUCAAAGGAAAAAUGGGGUUUGAUUUAAUGACAUGUUUUAAGGAUAUAACAGUUGGACUUAAGCCCUACCAUUUGCUUCCUGUAGUUUUGCCAUCUUUUUAUAAAACUAGUUUCCCCCUUUGUGAUAUAAAAAGCUGAAUCAACAUGAUGUCCUACAUUUGU